GUACAGUCUGGAUGCAGGAAAUCCUCCCACUGGUGCUGAAUGGAGGAGAUCUGACCCCAAUCAAAACAAUUGUAAACUGGGAUCGAGUCCCAUGGCUGGAAGAAACAAGACUGGCACAGGUUGUGGACCAGUUGGCAUCUCCACGUGGACUGAUCUCACAUUUCACCUACAACCUCAUGCCCCCUUCUUUCCAUACCUCCAAGGCCAAGGUGAUCUACGUCAUGAGGAACCCCAAGGAUGUCUUGGUGUCUUCAUACUACUUCCACCAGAUGGCUUCUUUUCUUGAAGAUCCAGGAACAUUUGAUGAGUUCAUGGAAAAAUUCCUAGAAGGCAGAGUGCUGUUUGGAAAAUGGACAGAUCAUAUAAAGAGCUGGAAGCGUGCCGAACUGGGAGACAGAAUCUUGUUCAUCACAUACGAAGAAAUGGUUCAGGACCUGCCAGCAUCUGUCAAGCUUAUGUCAGACUUUCUGGGCAGUAAUCUCAGUGAAGAAGUCAUUCAGAAGAUAGCAGAGCAUUGCUCUUUCAAGACCAUGAAGUCAAACCCCAUGUCCAACUUUAACCUGGUCCCCAAGAAGUACAUGGACAUCGAGAAGUCUCAUUUUCUGAGGAAAGGAAUUGCUGGAGACUGGAAAAACCACUUCAACUCAGAACAACUGGCCCGGUUCACAUCUGUCCUUCGCAAAGAGCUGGAGGGAGAGAACUUCUCUCUGCCAUCGAGCUAUAAUUAACAUAUAAAUUGAGAACGUGCGGCUAACUUUAAGAUUUUUUUAGUUAAUUUUACAUGACACAAAAACAAGAACAUUAAUGCGUUUUUAAUAUAUUUUAUUUUUUAACAAAAAUCUUAGAAAAAAAUUUUUUGAAUGAAAGCAUAGAUUUUUUACAGCAGAAUGGUGCUUUAACAGUGAUUAUUGGAUUCAUCACAACUUUACACUAACACUGAUGUUUUGUUUUUCACAAAUCUGCCUGAAAUUGUCUUAUGCUUGGAAUAAUACGACAAUCUUAACAAAAUGUA